AUAUCAGCGUACGACGUUCUUGAGAAAUAUGGCCUUCCAGUGGGUCUUCUUCCCAAAGGUGUGACAGAGUACGAGCUAAACGAAAAAAACGGCCACUUCACUGCGUAUCUGGAGCAAACAUGCUAUUUCAGCGUACAAUCGUAUGACCUAAAGUACAAGUCCACCAUCAAGGGCGUGAUCUCGAAGGGGAAGCUGUCGAAGCUGAAAGGUGUUAGCGUGAAAAUUGAGGUGCUGUGGAUCCCAAUCUCUGAGGUCACUCGCGACGGUGAUGACCUCAAAUUCUCUGCCGGCGUUGCAUCUGCCGGUUUUAGCGCCGACAGCUUUUCGGAGAGCCCUCAGUGUGGAUGUGGAUUCGAUUGUGAGAAUUUCAACCAGAACGGUGAGUCGUUUCUUCUUCACUACAGAUUUAAUUGAUAGGCAGAAUUGGAUCUGUUUGUUGUGCUCUUCUGUUCUUAAUUAUUAUCGAUGAUGAUGAUCUUGUUUUUCCCUUCUGCAUAAAUAAUGAUUAUCUAUGAUGUUUUGCGGGACACGCUAGAAAGUUUGUGCAAGAGAAGUUGACCUGAGUUUUAGAAAGCAACCUAGAUAAAUGGAUAUUCUAGAAUCAUCUAAAUUUUCCAGUGAAUCUCUUUGCUCCUACAAAUAUCUUGUUUUAUUGA